AUGGCGAUAGUUUACGGGUUAAAGGUCAAUUUAUCAGUGGCUAUGGUGGGCAUGUUGAAUCAUACUGCCAUCAAAUCUACAGAACACCAUGACGCGGAGUUAAAUUCUACCAUCAGUGAUGUAGAGUGCCAGCCGGCUAACAAUGACACACAUGGACAGGAGGCCGACGGGCCAUUUACUUGGUCGUCUGAAGUUCAGGGUAUUGUUCUCAGCUGCUACUUCUGGGGCUACUUCAUCUCUCAAAUUCCUGGUGGUCGCAUAGCGGAGUUGUUUUCCGCUAAAUGGGUGAUGUUCUUCAGUGUUGCCAUCAACGUGGUGUGCACGCUGCUGACUCCUGUUAUGGCGGAGUUGCAUUACUUGGCCGCGGUGGUGAUGAGAGUGGGCGAGGGUAUCGGAGGGGGCGUGACCUUUCCUGCGAUGCACGUAUUACUAUCUCGUUGGGCACCUCCCGGAGAGAGAUCUUUGCUGUCAGCUUUAGUGUACGCUGGCACAAGUCUUGGCACAGUCACGUCUAUGCUGCUAGCUGGAUUACUCACAGCAACCGCUGGUUGGGAGAGCGUUUUCUACGUGAUGGGCGGUUUGUCCGUACUAUGGUGUGGCUUGUGGAUAACGCUAGUAGCGGACGAUCCCAGAACACAAAAACUCAUCAGUUUAGAGGAGAGAGAGAUGAUAGUUAACUCUCUUGGGAGGAGAACUGGCAGUACUGAACGUAAGAAGUUGCCAGUACCGUGGAGGUCGGUAAUGACGUCAGGUCCGUUCCUCUCCAUCUUGGUGUCUCACACAUGUUCCAACUGGGGCUGGUACAUGCUGCUGAUUGAGCUGCCGUUUUAUAUGAAGCAGAUAUUGAAGUUCAAUAUGACCGAGAACGCUGUAACGACAGCGCUGCCGUUUCUUUCCUUAUGGUUCUUCAGUAUGGCGCUGAGCAAAACAUUGGAUUGGUUGCGAGCUAAAGGAAGUAUUACAACAACCACUGCUAGGAAGAUAGGGACUUUGUUUGCAUCAGCAGUGCCAGCUAUAUGUCUGUUCUGUCUCUGUUUCGUUGGUUGUAACCGUUCCUUGGCCGUGGCGCUAACAACAGUAGGCGUUACCUCGAUCGGUGGAAUGUUCUGUGGAUUUCUCUCAAACCAUAUUGACAUUGCACCUAAUUUUGCCGGUACUCUAAUGGCAAUAACGAACACGGUCGCAACUAUACCCGGUAUCGUCGUGCCAAUUUUCGUCGGUGUUCUGACACAUGGGAACCAAACAAUAUCAGCGUGGAGGAUUAUAUUCUUUGUGACGAUAGCGUUGUAUGCAAUCGAGAUAGUAGUUUACACUUUAUUUGGUUCCGGGGAACAACAGGCAUGGAAUGAUGUGGAGGAAAAUAAACCGGAGCAAAAACCGCUUCAUGAUGAACAGAAAACCCAAGUUUAA